AUGGAACCUCCAACUAUCCCCUUCACCUUCCCAACCCUCACAGGUGGCGGCCAAACCGGUAUUAGUACCACCACCACGGCCACUAUCAGCACAACCUCUUGCUCUGGUAUAAACCCAGCUGAUACCGUUCAGAACGGUAUGUCCGGUGGAGGGAGGGGUGGACCUCCUCGUGGGGUUAGUUUGUAUGGGUGUAAUGUUAUGUGA